UGAAAAACUUUUUAUAAUUGCUUCCACGCCCCAUUUUCAAUCAACAACUAAUAUAUCCCAUUCCCAUUCCACUCUGCAAAUUCAAUUGACUAUAGCUGCAAUGGCUUCCAUGACCAUGACCGCCUCCAUGUUUGGUGGCUCAGCCGCCGCCAAGCAGCUUCCCGCCACCGCGCGCCGAAGCGUGGUGGUUAUUAGGGCCGCUAGGGACUCCGAUGAGGUGGCGGCGAAUACUAAGGCAGAGAGCAACAACACUAGGAGGGACUUGAUGUUCGCGGUGGUCGCGACGGCUGCAUGCUCCGCCGCUGCGAAAAUUGCGAUGGCGGAGGAGCCGAAGCCCGGGACUGCGGAAGCUAAGAAGAAGUAUGCUCCUAUUUGUGUUACGAUGCCUACUGCUCGAGUCUGUCGCAAUUGAGAGUUGAUUAAGUGACGGUUUUGUUCGUCGAUUAAUCGGUUUUAUGAAAAAAAAUAAUGUAAAAUCCCUUAUUCUUGCUGAUAAUUUUGUUUCUUUUACCUA